CGGAGUGUGUGUUCGGUGUGUGCGUGUUGUCUGUGUCUGUUGAGUGUGAGAGAGUUUGUGGUGUGGGUUGUAAACGUUCCCAGCUCGGAUACUGUCACCGCCUUGCACCGCAGGCAGGCGCCGUGUUCCUACAUGCAAGUUACCGUCGCGGCUUCACAAUCGUUGGCCAGCAAUGACCGAAAGCCCCGCGACCAAGCCAGCCAACGGGGACGUGUGUCAGCGCGUGAAGAACGGACUGAAGGCGGACAGAAACGGCUUGGUAAAGAGCCUCCACAGCUGCCAUGAACGGCAGCGCAAGCACCACUGCCAGUCCGAGGAGGAGGAGGUCCAUGCAACAUCCCAUCAUGGCGGCCUGUACAACCGGCCCUUCAUCGAGUCCUUCGAGGAGACGCCCAUGCUGGUGGCAGUGCUUACCUACAUGGGCUACGGCAUCCUGACCAUCUUCGGCUACCUCCGUGACUUUCUGCGUCACUGGAAGAUCGAAAGGUGCCACAUCGCCAGGGAGAAGGAGGAACAGAAGGAUUUUGUGCCCCUCUACCAGGACUUUGAGAACUUUUACACCAGAAACCUCUACAUGCGUAUACGAGACAACUGGAACAGGCCCAUCUGCAGCGUCCCCGGGGCCAAAAUGGACCUGAUGGAGCGAGCCUCCUAUGACUACAACUGGACUUUUGAUUACACCGGUCGGAUCGUGCAGGAUGUCAUUAACUUGGGCUCGUAUAAUUACCUCGGCUUCGCUGAGAACACGGGUCCCUGUGCUGAGUCUGCAGCCGAGGUCACCGUCAAGUACGGCGUCGGAGUUGCGAGCACCAGGCAGGAGAUCGGUAACCUGGAUAGACAUGAGGAGAUGGAGAAACUGGUGGCCAAGUUUCUGGGCGUGGAGUCAGCCAUGGCGUUUGGGAUGGGCUUUGCAACCAACUCCAUGAACAUACCAGCACUGGCUGGCAAGGGCUGUCUGAUUCUGAGUGAUGAACUGAACCAUGCUUCUCUGGUCCUGGGAGCCAGACUCUCCGGAUCCACCAUCAGAGUCUUCAAACACAACAAUAUGCAGAGCCUUGAGAAACAGCUGAGAGAGGCCAUAGUUCACGGGCAGCCCAGGACUCACAGACCAUGGAAGAAGAUCCUCAUCGUUGUGGAGGGCAUUUACAGCAUGGAGGGCAGUAUAGUGCGCCUGCCAGAGGUGAUUGCUCUGAAGAAGCGCUACCGGGCUUACCUUUACCUGGACGAGGCCCACAGUAUAGGGGCCCUGGGGCCGAGAGGGAGAGGUGUGGUUGACUACUUUGGCCUAGACCCCUGCGAUGUGGACGUCUUGAUGGGCACAUUUACCAAGAGCUUUGGUGCUGCAGGGGGAUACAUCGCAGGGAAAAGGGAGCUUAUUGAGUACCUGCGCUCCCAUUCCCACAGUGCGGUCUACGCCACCUCCAUGUCUCCUCCUGUGGUGGAGCAAAUCAUCACUUCUAUGAAGUGCAUUAUGGGAGAGGAUGGCACAACAAUAGGCUGUGAACGUGUGCGACAGCUUGCAGAGAACACAGUCUAUUUUCGCAAGAGGCUUCGAGAAAUGGGCUUCAUCAUCUACGGCAACGAGGACUCACCUGUCGUACCCAUGAUGCUCUACAUGCCCGCCAAGAUAGGAGCAUUUGGCAGGGAGAUGUUGAAAAGGAACAUCGGGGUGGUGGUCGUUGGCUUCCCCGCUACGCCCAUCAUCGAGUCCCGGGCGCGCUUCUGCAUCUCAGCCGCCCACACGAAAGACAUGCUCGACAGGGCGCUGAGUGUCAUCUGUGAGGUAGGAGACCUUCUUCAGCUCAAGUAUUCCCGACACAAAAUACAGCCGUCUUUGGCGCGGCCCUUUGACGAUAAUGUGUAUGAGGACAUUGACGACUGAUGAACCACUCCUCUCCUUUAAGUGGGGUGAAAACCACAACAACCGCCCCAAAAUACAGAACGGGUCAAGAUGGAUCACAAGUCUUCCACAAGGACCGAGAUGUGCACAGGUGCCCCUUGUCACUCGCUUGCCAUAAUGUAACCCCCCCAACAAAUGGAAAACACUUAAAACUAUCAUCUAAUUCUACUUUGCCUUACAUAGACAUGCAGAACUUGUGGUGCACACACUGAAAAACAGCACUUCUGCUUUUUCCCCAUGUUCUUUUUUAUUACUUUUAUCAUUUUGUGCGUACGAAUCUUAGUUGUGUGCGUGCAUAUGUGUCAAAUGUGUGUGUAUGUCUGGAGUGCUUGCAGCGUUCAUUAUGCGAAGCCUUGUGUUUGUGAAGUGGACAAAUGCCAACUUUCCUAAUGUCUCUGAAAUUGUGAGCUGCUGGGUUUUUCAUGAUAUUAAUCUAAAGUGGACUUUAAUGGGGUAAAGUGAAGUUACUUUUAAGCAUAAAACAAAAGGCAUUUUUCUGUCAUCCAGCGCUGCUCAGAUCAGUGAUUAUUGCCAUACGCAGAAAGCACUGGAUGUUGCAAUGUUUGCACAGGACCAGGUUAGUGACCUGAUUCAACCCUCUCAGUCAGUUUGUAAGCAAGAUAUAGUACCUAGUGAAAUAGGAUUUUGUAUUUAAUAAUCCAGAUCUGGCUGCCAUUGGAUAAUAUAUACCUUAUACUAUUCAGAGAACCCCAAAAUCCACCUGGCAUUUUUACAGACUUUCUUUUUGGUGGUGGUGCAAACUUUACUAGGGGUCUUCUAAUUUUCUAGAAAGUGGUUUUGUAAGUUUAAACAGGUACAACUUUUUCCCAUUUCUUUAAAUGGAGUAUGACUACUCUAAAAAGUCCUGGUUAAUGACACCUAGAGGCUGUGCUGCUUUUUGCACCAGCCUUCUCCACACAUUUUUGAACCAGCCGACAUUUUGAUCAAAUAACAUCUUUAUCAGUCCAUCCUUGGCUCUUCAAGACAGCUAAAAUAAAGAACUUCAGAGUUAAAGGAAUACUGUACUCCACAAAAUUACCACAUGUAUACUAAUUUCUCACCCUGUGUUACCUUGAAAUCUUAAGGAAAACUUUUCUCACAUGCCUCCACGGUUAACAAAGAAUCCAAAAACAGAAAAUUCUUGAUGAAUUGUUGUCAUGGAGGUGCAUGUUUAACAACAGCAAAACACUUCUAAAAUACUAAACAGUGUCACACAUGGACAAUUUGCCAAGGUGCGCUCCCUGUCCGUGCACACAAAAAUAUUUUAAAUAGUAAGGCUUUAGUGAAAAUGCACGUGUUUGGGAAGCACUGAGGAUAUGGCUGGA